CUUAUCCGGGUCCGGGUCGCGAGGGCAGCAGCUUCAGGAGGGAAGUCCCAGACGGCCCUCACCCCAGCCACUUCCACCAGCUCCUCCGGGGGGAUUCCUGGGCACUCCCAGGCCAGGCGAGAGAUAUAAUCCCUCCACCUGGUCCUGGGAAGGCCUCAAGGUCUCCUCCCGGUGGGACAUGUCUGGAAAACCUCUAACGGGAGGCGUCCAGAAGGUAUCCUAACCAGAUGCCCGAGCCACCUCAGCUGACUCCUCUCGACGUGGAGGAGUAGCGGUUCUACUCUGAGCGCCUCCAGAAUGUCAGAGCUCCUUACCCUAUCUCUGAGGCUGAGCCUGGCUACCCAUUUCGGCCGCUUGUAUCCGUGAUCUGCGAUGAGAUGAAAAUCAAGCCAUUAUGGAGCCACUACAUAUUUUACACCAAGCUGCAAGAACACAAGAUCGGGGUUUCAUUAAUACUCAGUGAGGUUUGAGAUUUUGCAGCUUAGUCUUACUUUACAACUAUUUAAAAAGUAUAGGGUCAGGACUUUGAAAGCUUAUGAAGAGUAAAAAAUAAGAUUUAUGUGGUAGAUAUCUUAAAAUUAUGUGCGAUAUGCCAAAAAUGAAUGAGUUUUGACACCAAGAUGAAAUAAUCCAUCAUUUUAAAACCCCAACUAGACUGAGCACUAAAGAGAACGUCCCACAUUCCAGGAAGUCUGCUGCAUGUUCAGUCUUCUUCCCUUCAUAACUCAACCCUUUAAACCCUAAGACAGGGAAGGGUAUUCUCCUCAAUUGUACAUAAUCAGGACUCCAAAUGGAUAACGCUGUUCGCAACAUCUGGAUAUGUACUGAAAUUUAAGGACUGAUAUGUUCAACAGAUAUGUUCCCCUUAUUAAAUGAUAAAAUAUUAAGAUGUGUUUACAAACAGUCAAAGUCCAAAAUGUAGUUUUGUUCUGGUACAUAUUUUUCUUGACAUUCCCCUGGCCCUCUUGAUACCAUCUUUGAAUCUGUUUUAACCUUCUCUUUACGGGUGACAACCAUCAUAAACACUCGCUCGCUGUCCUCGAAAGGCUGAGGCGUCUAGGGAAGGUGGUUUAAGCUUUUAAAAGUGAAAUACAAAGCAUCAUCUCUCUGUAGGAGGGCUCUUAAGACUCUGAAGUUGGUGAAGAGCUAAAGCACCAAGAAUCUGCCCCUUGACACACACACACAAACUCAACACUUCACACACACUGAUACACAUUGCAUAACAGCAACAUGGAAGAAGAGGCCUUUACAAGCUCCCACAUUCCUCCAUUAGUGUUUUCUUAAGAGCAGUUACGUGGGCUUGUGGCAGGGAUAACACAGCAAAUACUUGCUGGAUGAGUCAAAAGUCAGACGAAAACCUGGUACCUUUUAAGUUAUUCCACUUUUUCAUUAUUUUUCCCGAUCAUAUAACCCAUUUUUGUUCAUAUUCAAUUUUAAGAAGUAUAUAAAAAUUAGGAAUGUAAUGUUGCCUCACAGACAGCUAAAGAUUUUUAUCAGCAGGGGGUGCUGUCUGCCAUUGACUUGUCCUGUUUGACAUCGAUGCAUCUUUUUAGAGUUCAGGCAGGUAGGAAACAUUUCAAGAAUGUAAGAGCUUUUGCCUUUUUUAGUGAAGCUAACAAAUCAAAAUAGUUUGCCCUUUCAUAUUGUAUCCAUAAUAUCAUAUUGUGAGGUAUUGCAAUGCAUCAUGUCAAAUCGUAAUAGUUAAUACUACUACUAAUAAUACUAAUAAUAAUCAUAGUGAUAAUAAUAAUAAUAACUUUAUUUGUAUAGCAUUUCUAAAAACAGAAGUUUACAAAGUGCUUUGAUAUAUUGUCAUAAAGCAAUUGAAAAAAGACCAAUAAAAACAAAAAGCUCAGUAAAAAACAAAUUGAAGGCCAUUUUCAUGUCAUAAGGAACCCAGAUGAUAUAAGAACAAUGCAACAUAAAAUGGGAUGCUGCCGUAUCAAAUACUUUAAUAAUAUUUUUAUAUUAAUCAUAUCAUAUCUUAUCUGAAUGUAUCGUACUGUCGUAACAUAACGUAUCGUAUCGUAUCGUACUGUAUCGUAUCGUAUCGUAUCGUACCGUAUCAUACCGCAUCGUAUCGUAUUGUAAAGUACCAUGUCACAUUAUACUGUACGGUAUGAUGAUGUAUUGUAUCACACUGUAUAAUAUUGUGUCAUAUUAUAUUGUAUCAUGUACACUCAGCAUAUUGUAUUGAGUCCAAUUGUAUCGUAUCACAAUUUAUUGUAUCGUAUCUUACCAUAUCUUAGCACCGUAUCGUAUCAUAUAUCAUAUCGUAUUGCAUCGUAUCAUAUCAUAUCGUAUCAUAUCGAUCGUUUGUCAUGUCAUAAAGUAUUGUCGUGCAUUGUUCUAUGUGGUAAGACAUGGGAAUGGAUUUUAUCCUAUAUACCUAAUUGUAUGGUAUCAUAUUAUAUUGUACUUCAUGUUACUGCAGGAUGUUUAUCUUGUCAUAUAGUGCUGUAUCAUAUUGUAUAAAAGUGUGCCCAUCCUACCCUAUCCUAUCCCAUCCUAUUGCUGUGUAUCAUGAGGUAUUCAAUUGUUGGUUUAAUUUAUUCUUUGGUCCCUAUUCAAAAUCCAGACCAAGAAAUAAUAUGAUUGUAUUAAGAAUGAUAAAUAGACGUGUUUUAGUUUACAAUCACUGUAUGUUGUGCAGCUCGAGCAUACUCUCUGCUGAAAGAUGGACUGACUGAAGGUCAAGUGAAUGACUCUGCAGGAUUGGAGGAACACAAAUCAGAUAAGGUCCUGAUACAGAGAGACAGAAUGAUAGAGGGAGGGAGACAAAGAGGGAGAGAGAGGGAGGGAGAGAGAGGGAGAGAUGCUUUGAACAGUGGGAGAACAUUUCUAUCUCCUAUGUGUGUGAUUAGUGUAAUUAGAGUGUCCUCUCUGUCCUCUGUUUGUGACUUCAGGCUUUACUGUAAAACCAUUUUGUUCCACACUCUUUUUUUCUUUUUCUCUCUUUUUUCUUUAUCACUUCUCCAAACCUGUCUUUCUUCGUUUUUCUCUGCUUCGUUUUCCUCUUGUUCUUUCCUUUUCUGCUUUCUGUCAUUUUAUAUCCUGCCAAAGUUUCAGCCUAUUUACCUUUUCUUUCUUUUGACUGUUCCCUUAUUCUCUCUUUCGCCUUCCUUCCCUACCUCCUUCUUUUCUUCCUCCUUCUUACUUUUCUCCUUCCUUCCUUUCUUCUUUCCUUUCUCAGUUUCUUUCUUCCAUCUCUUGCUGACUCUCACUUGUGUUACUCACCGGUUCAUCUGUCCUUCCUUUCGCUCAGUGUGAGUGUGAAUGUCCCCGCGACGUACUGUGUGUCUGAGUGUGAGCCCCGUUUGUGUGUGUGUGUGUGUGUGUGUGUGUGUGUGUGUGUGUGUGUGUGUGUGUGAGUCCCUCUGAGGAGGCCCUGCUGAUGAGCGCUACUAUCAUCAGAUUGUUGUGUCCUUGUGAGCCUGUGCAUACGGGUGUGUAUGUCUCUCUCUGUUGUUUGUGUGUGCAGUCUUUAUUACACUGAUUUUUUGACCGUGUCCAGCAGGGAGAGAGAGAAUAAAAUACAGAUGGACAGAUGGAUAAAGAGUAAGAUUGAGCAUUGAAAUACUGUCCAUUAGCUCCGACUGAGAUGACUGAUGUGACGGCGGGUGAGGGAGACGAGGGUUGAUGAUUGUGUUGGUGUGUUUGGCUCUUUGUUUUCAGGUGAAGCCGCAGCCUCUGUGACCACUUGUUGAGAGCAAAUUAUUACCUGCUGUGUGUGUGUGUGUGUUUGUGUGAGUGUUGAGCUCUUGUUAACAAGCAGAUAAGAGUGAGAGAGAGGGGGACAGAGAGUGAAAGGCUUUAGCAGUCUGACAGAGAGGAAGACAAAUGCAGACCAUUAUUUAGCUAAGGGGCGCCCCAUCUCUCCACAUUAAUUUAUCCUGCAUCUAUCUCUUGUCUUAUUUUCUCCUCUCCAAUUUGUUUCUUUCUUUCUCUCGCCAAUUUCUUUUGUUCAUUUAUUUUUUGAAAUCAUCCUUUUGAGAGAAAUAUCACGUUUGAUUGAGGUGGCGCGAUGUAACAAGUCUGUCGAUGUUGUUUCUGUCUUUAUCUUCAUCUCUGCAGGGUUACACAGACGAGCCGGUCUCUAAGGUUUUGUGUCAUGUGGAGGAUGGCUCUGUGGUGCAGCUGGACCGGUGGAACCUGCUGGUAGAAAAAAGUACUGCACAGCCAGAGGAGGGCACACAGAAGGUUAGAGGACUUAAAGCAUCCUAAGAGUGUAAAUGUACAAGUAAAUAUGAAUUAAAAUUAACGCCAAAUCUUCAAAUGGUCUUCUGUUUUAGUUUAUUUCAGAAAAAAGAAAUUGUGCAGAACUUUUUAUGAUUGUUUUUUGCAAACAGAAGUAAAUUUUGAAUUUUGCUGAACUGUUUAUCAUGAUUUAUCUCUGCCGCUCAUCCAACAGCCACUGACUUUUAUAUCCAUUCCUUUCUGAAAUUUCCAAGAUGUUAAAUUAAAACCUAUAAGCUCUGGAAAACAAGGUUCUGGUGGUGCAUUUUGUGUACCUGUGUUAAAGAAAGAUAAGAUGUGAACUCUUGCUGUGUGAAUAAAUUGUGUAAUACUCAUACUUCAGUAUUUUUAUCCUCCAUCCUCAGCUGCCUCUGAACGUGUUCAACAACUACUUCAGCCUGGGCUUCGACGCUCACGUCACCCUGGAGUUCCACGAGUCGAGAGGUCUCUGAAAUCUAUUUAAAUUCCUGUUUUUUUACAUUUCCCUCCGCAUUAGCUCUAUUUAUAUUCCAUUAAGUUCUCCUCUUUCCUCUUAAUGCACCCUACUCCACUGAAAGAUGAGCAGAAUAAUGAAAUAUUCAAAACAGACUCAUUCAGAUACACAGAUCAGCCGUGCGUGCACAAACCAGUCACAGUUUCUCACUGCCGUACUCGACUUCAACUUUUCAACUUCUUUAAUGUAUUCUGUUUCUCUGCCUCUCUGAUCCUGUCUCUGCAGAGGCCAACCCGGAGAAGUUCAACAGUCGCUUCCGCAACAAGAUGUUCUAUGCAGGAGUGAGUGUCCCUCUUGACUUAAUGCAGAUUCACAUAUACACACACAGACAAAGUCGGACAAGAAGUGUCUUUUACCGUAGGAUUAAAGGGAAUCAUGGGGAAUUUAUGAAGAGAUGAAGUAGUGUGAAGAAGUUUGAGGAGAAAUGGUGCAAGAUGUAGGGCCUGAUUUAUUGAAGGUUUGCACGUGUAAAAACAUCUUGACACUUUUUUACACCUGAAAAAAUCUUAAAACAAAUGUAUGUUUUAGUAAACAUUGGUAAAGCGAAAUUUAAAUAGAUAUACAGUAUAUUAUUUAGACGUUUUAUUCUGUGUUUGUUCCAUCUGAGUUUGUGGAAGUCUUUUAACAGAUGUGUUAAUCAGUAGAGAAGGAGAGAUGUCUGGAAUAAAACAAUAGAAGUGUAAAUGGAAAAUAGGGGAUAAAUCUUUUUUUAAUGAGGGAAAUUUAAGGAUUCUGUUUAAUUAUGUACCGUUUACUCUGUGUGUUUGCAUGUGUGCGUGUGUGUGUGUGUGUGUGUGUCUUCACAGGCCGCUUUCUCAGAUUUCCUCCAGAGAAGCUCCAGGGAUUUGUCCAAACACGUCAGAGUCGUGGUGAGUGCUAACACACUCAAAGUCUCAAAGUCUGUAUCGCCUUUCUGUGUCGACAUGUCUGGGCAGCCGGUCGGUCGAGCGAUUACAUGAGUCCGUCCUUCAGCUGCUCUAGUAACAUUCACCGCUCUGAAGUGUCCUUCAGCGAGACACUGAACACUCAGCGGAGCCUCUACAAGUCUGCUGACCUCUGACCUCUCUUAAGAGGACGUAAACUAACGCCUUUUCUCGUUUUUCGCACUAUAAGGCGCACCUGAUUAUAAGGCGCACCAUCAAUGAACGCGUCUAUUCGCGUCUAUUUUUAUACAUAAGGCGCACCGGAUUAUAAAGCGCAUUAAGCCAAACAAAACAGUCAGAUAAGUCAAACUUUAUUUAACUCAUUCAAUGACUCCACGAGACUACGGUAGCUGCAGUGCUCCGACAAGCCAAAAGGAUUUUAAGUGCGCCUUAUAGAGCGAAAAUACAGUAACACUCAUUUUUUUCACCCUGUGAACAAUUUCCUCAUUUUUUGAACACAAAAGUGAGACAAAGGUUAAAAACAUGAUGCAGCUGAAGUAUUUUUUUCUGUGGUGGAUAAUUUUUAAUCAAAAUUUCCAGUAGAAACACAUCCUAUCUUUACAUAAUAUAUCUCAACCCUUGAUGAAUUGUUUCAGUGUUUUACAUCAUGCGGUACCAUAUCGUAUUUUAACAUUUUAGUGAUUACUGUAUCAUAUUUUAAUGUUUAGUAAUGUAUUAUAAAUUGUUUUAUUGUAUCAUAUUAAAAUGUUGUGCUGCAUAUCAUAUUUUAUCGUUUAGUUUUUAUCAUAUAUUUACAUGUAAAUCCUUUAUCAGAGUAAAAUAAUUCAUAUUUACCAGUAAUCAUCAUACCAUAGAUAACACCCAAUUUUUCAUGAUUAUGAAUAACCGGAAACUUUAAUUCAGCACAUCAUAAAGAAUGAGUCAGUUACAGUUUUCUGCUGGUUUGAAACUUCUGCUGCGUCUCUGCUGGAAAGUUCACUACUUCCAUAACUAUAUUGAUUAUUCCUGAAACAUGGUUCACAUUCAAAAUUGAUUCAUAAAACCUCAGGGCAGUAAUUUUUCACAUUCCCUACCGCUGCUGCCGCAAGUCCUCAGGGGUCAGCCGAGAGCUGAGUGGGCUGGUCUGAUUUAACCUUUGACCUGUAAAAUGGUGGUUUGAGAAUAUUGAAAUCAAAACUUUGGACAAAGAGUGAAUCUUAAUGUGGAGAAGUGAGUCAAAGAUCAACUCAUGACUUUCUGAGAAUAACCAGCAGAAAUUGAAGAAAAUUAAGUUAAAUUUUUCUUUCUUUGUUACUGUGUUUUUCUCUCUCUCUCUCUCAGUGUGAUGGUACUGACUUGACUCCAAAGAUUCAGGAGCUGAAGUUUCAGUGCAUAGUGUUUCUAAACAUUCCCAGGUAGGUGGAUACUCAGUCUUUGAUUGUGACUGCAUGAUUUUUCCUCUGUGUACUCUCUUUCAAGGAUUCAGAGCCAGUUCUGAUCAUCAAAACUAGUUGAAGGAACAUUUUUCUGUAAAAAAAAGCAUCCUUGUUGUCAUUAUUCAUAAUUUUUUGGUGCAGUGAAGAAGCCCGACAAACAAAUGUAAAAUACACUGAAGCUCCCCAGUCAAUACAAAGGUUAUCUUCCUUUAUUCGAUCGUUGGACUUUGGCAUAUUUGAGAUUUGUGUUAUUUGCAGGUACUGUGCAGGCACCAUGCCAUGGGGAAACACAGGAGACCAUCGAGACUUUGAACCGCAGCGCCAUGACGACGGCUGUAUCGAGGUCAUCGGCUUCACUAUGGCCUCAUUGGUGAGAGAAACAGUGGAGGGGUGGAUAAAUAAAUUCUGAAUGAAGAAGUAGUGAUAAGGAAUUACGGCAGAUGGAGCAUAAAAAACAGUCUUGUAUUUGUAUGUGCUUGUUGUUGAUGUAAGUCCUCCUCUCGUCCAUCAGGCGGCGCUACAGGUCGGCGGUCAUGGAGAGAGACUGCACCAGUGCAGGGAAGUCGUUCUCACUACCUUCAAGACCAUGCCUGUUCAGGUGAGGAUUCAAACACUUAACAGCAUCACAACUAGCCUCUGGAGUCAAUUAUUAUACAGAUUAUCAUUUUAACUUAGCUUAGGUGAGAGCUUUGAAUCCAACUCGCUCUCUGUAGAUGUAGAUGUUUGACUUUUAAACAAGUUCUCUGCAGAAAUGAAACAAAGUUCUCAAACUAAGAAACACUCGAACGUUUUGAAUCAUGAAAGUAAUGUAUUAAAAUGGAUUGAUCUUGAUAUCCCUCUUCAUCACUCAGCUGUUAUUGAAUCAUUUGCUUUUAACAUUGAUUGCUGUGUCCUUGUAGGUGGACGGGGAGCCGUGUCGCUUGUCUCCUUCAACUCUUCGCAUUUCCCUCCGCAAUCAGGCCAACAUGGUCCAGAAGAGCAAGAGGCGCACCUCUGUCCCCCUGCUCAACGAGUGAGUCACACACACACACACACACACACACGCACACACAAAAACACACGCUCGUGUAGAGAAGAGGAACUAGGCCAGCAGCGUUGUAAAAGCCCGGCUUGCACUGAGUGAGUCAUACAAUCUGUUCAGUGGGAGCUGACAUUCACUCCUCUCAAUGUCCCACAUCCCUGUUCAUCUCGCCAAAAUAAAACCACGAUCCGAAGAGUGAUCUGUCUGUUGUCCGCUCGCAUUUAUCAAAAUAAAAGCACCAGGGGGGUUUCUCUACUGACACACUGACAUGUUAGACUCUGUGGUUCCCUUCCUCUACUCUAAAAUCAACUGAGGAGUCAUAAGAGACGAUCAUUGAUCUGUUUCCAGUAUGAAACCACACACAGUAUCAGAAAACAAUGUUAACAUGGAAUAACAUAGACUGUGUGUGAAGAUGGACGACUAUUUUCCACCCCUUCCUGUUGUAAAAAAAGUGAAGCCAAAAUACUCUCCAUCUGUGGCACUCAUACGUUGAACAUUUGGAGUCCAGAGUGUCUAAAGUCUGGGCCCGUCUGCUGACCAGAACACAUUUAACUGAUGACAGAGCAGCAGGGGUCCAUCAAGUCCAAAAGAGGAGUGAUUCGAGCAACAGGCUGAGACAGACACAUGGUGAUGAUCAUUGGUCAUUGGCUCAUGCAUGAGUGUUCAUUACUUUUGAUCCCAGUCAGUAUAUGGACAUGAUACUAAGAAAAUGGAUUUCAUGUUAGUCAGGAUAAAACUGGACUUUUGGAAUAAAUGUAAACAUGUUAAAAUGUCCAAUUUCUUGUAGUCAGACAAGUAAUACAGUUGACAAUUAACUUUCUUCGUGUAAACACGGCAGUCGGACUCAAAUUGGCCUAAGUGUUCUGCGCUCGUGUGUCAGAGUGUGACUCAAAACCUGUUCCGAGUCACAGAAUGAUUUUAUUCCAAGUGUUCCUGUGGCUUUAUGAACCCAAGUCCUUAUUUUUCUGAGUUUGGAGCAGCUGUUUCUCCAUCUUAUUUACCAGAAAGCAGACAUUCGACAGGUGUAGAGAUGUGAAGAGACGGGAGAAACCCACUUCCUGAGCUCAUUUCCCACGUUGUCGUCUCCUGCAACUUGCGUAGCAGCUGCUCUACCAACCAAAAUCUUAGAAAAAACUUUUGAAUCUGUGAAAACUGGAGAAAACUGUCCAAGAGAAGACUGUCCGAUGUUCAACAGUUCCUCUCCGGUGAACGUUGCUAGAGAAGGAGAGCAGGAAACCAAACAAAAACACAAAAUCACUUGUUAUCUUCCCAUUAAGUUCACUCAAGCUGGACUCAGUGGAGGAUGUGGUGGAGAGAUCUACACUGAGGAAGGUGGAGACUAUUCUCAAGAAUAUGGAUCACCCACUUCACAACACCUUGAUGGACCAAAGGGAAAAUGGUGAUGGACGGCUCCUCUCUCUUCGCUGCAGGACAGAAAGAUUUAGAAGAUCUUUUGUACCAACAGCCAUUAGACUUUAUAACUUAUGUAAAUAAUAGAUAACUUUUAUAGACAUAUUACGUGAGACAACAGACAACUGAAUUUCCCUUUGGGGAUCAAUAAAGUUCUUCUUAUUAAGUUGAUAAAAAGUGUCAACGGCAGAGUCUAGACUAAAAAUCACUGCGUAAAUUAAAACCGUGUCAAACUCAAGUCUAUCUGACAUCUACUCAAGUUCUAAAGUUUGACCCAUGUCCCAUCUGUUAACAUGGAGCCGGCUGGCUUUAUGGUUUUAACUGCAGAAAAUCAGCAGGGGGAGCUCUGAGUGUUUUGGCUUCACUUUCAGGUUGCUGUCACACCAUCCAUCUUUUCCACAGUCUACAUAUGAGACUGUUUGGAUACUAACACUCGUUCAUCACUGUAGCACUAAUCGCCUUCAUGUAUUUCUAUCUGUGUAUAUCUGUGGCUCUAUUGAAACUCUGCAGGCUGCAGUAACCUGCACGUGAUCAGAACUGAUUCAUCAGAGAUUAAUAACCACAGUAGAGUCUCUGCUUCCUGUUCUGCUGCUCUGCUGUCAGUGUUUGUCCACUUACCUCUGGGCUUCUCUCCUCCUGUCCCUCCUCCUCUUCCUCCUCUUUUAUUUAUCUCAACAUUGAUUAUUUAUUGUUUUCAUUUAUUUUCCUUUCUCUCCAUUUCUCCCAUGUAUGUCUUACUCUCCUGUUUCAUUUGUUUUUGUCCUCCUCUGUUUCCUAUUUUCUCCUCUCCUCUUAUUUCCUUCAUCUCCUCUCGUCCUCUCUCCUCUGUUUCUCUAUAACAUUUAUAAUGUUCUGCUAAUUUUUCCUCUCUUUAUAUUCUCUGUGUCCUGUCUUGAUCCAUCCCUCUCUUUUUUCUUUUUUAAUUCUUUUCUUCUCCUUCAAUGGCCCUUGACAAAUCCCCCUUUUUUCUAACUUAUUCUACCUUGCUUUUUUCCUUAUCCUCUUUUUCCCUCUCUUCUAUUGUCUUUCUUUCUUUCUUUCUUUUUUCUUUCUUGUGUCCUUUAUUCUUUCUUUCUUUCUUUCUUUCCUGUUUCUUUCUCUCUUUCUCUAUCAUGUCUUUUUACUCAUCAUCCUCUCAUAUAUUCUCUGUAUUUUUCAUCUACCACCUCUCCCUCUUUCACAACCUUCUUUUAUUCUCUUCUAUUCCUUUUCUUUUAUCCUUGAUUUUAUUUUCCUUGUUUCCUCUCCUUAUUACCUUUUCUCAUGUCCUUGCCACCUUUCUCUCCUCAUCUUUUCUAACAUUUCCCAUCUCUUCUUUUUCUACUAUUUUUUCUACAUCUUCCCAUCCCUUGUUUACACUUCUCUUUCCUCCCCUUAUCUUCACCUCCCCUCCUCUUCCUCUCUGCCAUUCAUUCCUCCUCUCCUCUGCGUGUGUUUGUGUGUGUUUGUGUGUGUGUGUGUGCGCGGCGAUAGUAUUCAGAAGGUGUGUGCAGCUGAUCUGCGCCGCCUCUCUGCUCCCCCCGACUCCUUCUCUGUGUAAGUACCUGAGCCCUCUGUCACUGUGUGUUUGUGUGUCACUGUGUGUGUGUGUGUCUUUGUGAACGGAUGACUUGAUACCAGUUAGUGUUCUGUCUCAGGUUCAGCUGAUAUUUGAUUUCUUUUUACUUAAACAUGAAACUUUUUUAUUCAGUGAAAAUUCAGUGAAAAUUCAGUGAUGUGCUUAAUAUUAAAAUGCAUUAAAGCUCCAGUUAACCUCCAUAUCGCAAGUAGAUGUUUCUAACAUUACUCUCCUGUGUCAGUUUGUGUCAGUUGUCUCAGUUUUUGUUUUGCUAACCUCUGAUGAAUUACAUAUAGUGAAGAUUUAUGUCAAAUCUGCAAAACAGAGCUGUUUCUCCAGCUGCUUUGCUGACACCUAACCCCUCGCACCAGUUUCAGGCAUUAAAAAUUGUGCCAUAAAAAUCCUCAGUUUUGUUGUUGGUGGUCUCAUUUUCCUGUCAGGUGUCGUGGAAUCAGUAUGAAUUUCAGUAGGGAUGGGAAUCGAGAACCGGAUCUUGUCGAGAACUGGUUCCAAAUGGUUCAAUCCAUCGACAUUGUUUACAUUUCAUUUUAAACGGGUGCUUUGGAAAAUGCUCUUGUGAGAGGCGGUCGUCGCGAAGGAGAACAGAGGCUUUGAGGAAAAAACACGGUGGAUGGUGCGAAAAGUAGGCAGAAACGAUCUAAAGCGUGGCGUCAUUUUACCAAGAAAGACAACGAGUCUUGUAUGGGAGUUUUGAGUUUGUGUAGCGUGGACCAACUGAGUCAGAAGCGCGUAAAAAACACUCGACCCGACCAGAAAAACCCUCAAAAUUUUGCGCAUGACUCCACUCCCAUGUAGCCGUGUCCCCUAAAGUAUUGUCACCCUGAUUUGACUUAAUAGCAACCAAGUAACUGUACAAAUAAUUUGUCGUUUAGUUAUUUUUAGACAUCUUUUUCUGUUUUUCAGACUCAAUAAAUUUUUUAGUAAACAUUGAAAACCUAUAGUCUACUUUUUUUUAAUUAAAGAAAGGCAUUGAUAAGGCAAUCAUUAAAGAAUUGAUAAGCAGAAUCUUUAAUGGCUUUAAUCUUUAAAUCCUAUCAAUUCCCAUCCCUAAAUUUCAGUCUAUUUUACGACCAUCCAAAAUCUCCUGAAGGGAGCUUUAAGCACAUCUAUCCUGCUAAAUUAAAACAGCACUAACUAUUUCCAGCUGCUUUGUCUGAAAAGUUGAUAUCAGUUGAACCUGAGUAGCUUGUUUCGAGUCGUUUAAUGUUUAGUGAGAUAUAAAUCUGUGUGACUGAGAGAAUGCAUGCUGAAGCCUUUCCAUAUCUAAAUGUGCUUCUCUGUUUCUGCUGCUGUUGUCUCUUUGCACUAAACUUUACUGUGAGCUGUGUGUUUAUUAUACCUGCACCUACCUGCACCUGUCCUCUCCACUCACUCGAUGUUCACACCUUUCCUACCCCAGAAUAGCCUGUGCAUGAAUUUUCCUGGUCUCAUGAGCGCUUUAGUGAAGUAGAUCUGGUUUGUCUUCAUUUGCAGAAUAGAGUUUGAGCAUUUGGAGGCUGUGUAGUUUGGUAAUCUCUCCAACAGCUGACUGCUGUGUUUUCUGGUUGUUCUUUUCGCUUCUCGCCCACCAUGUUUGUGACGUCAGCACUCUGCCUCCAUCCUCGCUGAAGGCAUUGUUGCCCACAAAUAUUGACUUCAAAAAUGAGUUGGCCAGUCUCAAACUCUGGAGGAAAGCAGAGCCUUUUAUCUUCACUGCGAGGAAGGUUUAAUAUUUUUACCAUGAUCUUUUAUGUAAACAAACACCUUCAAUAUCAACUUUUUCAAACUCGACAACAAAACUUGUCAAAAGUUCAAACCUGGAAGUGUGAAACAAUCCAAAAAACAAAGAAGGCAGAUGAGGACUCUGUUGUUCAGAUUUUGUUGUUUAUGUUUUUGUGUCUCUGUCUCUGUCUGCAUGUUUGCAUGCAUGUCCUGAUCACUUCAUGUUUGCAGGGGUCUGACUUGUGUGUUUGCAAAAGUUAUCUUAUGUAUGUGUGUAUUUUUUUACAGUCCUCACGCAGUUCCAGAUCGUCUUCGUCUUCGAGUGAACCGUAUCAGCCUCCAGGAGUACGACCGGCUGCAAUACGACAAAGAGCGACUACGAGACAUCUGUAAGGAUGCUUUGUGUGCGUGUGUGUGUGUGUAUGUGUGUGUGUGCGUUUGUCUUCUAAAAUCAUAUAUCAUUAAGUAAGGGAUAAUGUAUAGUACAGUGAUCAGGUUGAUGUAGCAGAUAGGACCCCUAGCAGGACUCCACUGACCACCUUCUCUCACCUGUAUCAGCGAACAUGAGUGCGGCAUACUGACUUUUCAAGGCAGUGCACAAUUUGACCAGUAGGUGUCAGUAUCUCAUCAAAGAAAACAAGAAGUCUUCUUGGCGAUGUCGAUCAAAUCUGGAAAAGAAUAAAUAAUGUUACAUGACAGAAAACUAGUUCAUUCUGCAUCCUGCAAAAAGUGUCUUCUGCAACUAAAAGAAGUGUUAAAAAAAGAUCUGUUUUACAUUCAAACGCACGCUUUUGAUAGAAAGACAUCUUCACAGCAGUGGAAGAUGGUGCUCAUGGGAAACGCAGUGAUCAUCCUAGAAAAGUCCAAAAGAGUCACUAAAAUCAACACAACAUAAAAUUCCUCACAGUGCCUGAAAGACUUAUUUACACCAAAUGUUGGUUUGGAAAUGAUUUUAUUCGUUUUCUGUGUUUUCUUCAAUUUUGUAGAUGUUUUUGUUGUAGUGGACAGUUUUUUCGUUUCUUAAACCUCUCCUGUCUUGCCCCUGCUCUCUUUUCUUUGUUUCCCCACCAUGAGCAAACAGACAUCAAGCUAACCAGAAUUGUUUCAGCAUGUUGAUGAGACUGCAAUCAGUCCUUUGGAGUUAUUGAUUAAAGCCACACCCCCUAGUAAUAGACUGUUAUAAAUAACAACUUCUCACUGCUUCCUUGUAGAACAAAAAAGCAAUAAACCCAGGAGUUUUAUUCUCUAAUGUUGUUGAUGUUUCUCUACUCCAGCCAUCCCAGUAGGCAUUGUGGUGGUGAGAGGCGACUGUGACCUGGAGACCUGCAGACUCUACAUCGACAGGUUACAGGAGGCAAGUUCCCCUCACUUCCUCAUGUUUAUCAUGCCUUUAACUCUCCUCUCCUUCUUUCUCCUUCUUCCUUGCUCUCAUUAUUUCAUGAUGCUUGCUGCAGCAUAACCCCUCCUCUCUUUCAGUCUGCUUUCUAUAAAUGGAUGAGUGAGCAGCGCUGAUGGGAAUGCAGAGCUGCUCUUUGUGUCUCUUGUGGGAAACUAACCGAGCUAACAUCUGUGGAAGUUUUUGCUGUAAAUGCUUUGGCUGUUUGUUAACCUUGAAACCUGUCUGCUGUGCUUGCUAGGACUUACACCAGGCGCCAUCUACUGGCCACAGAGUGCACUAUCAGGUAUAUCAGUUUUGGGUGACUUGGAAGAAAACUUUGGUUAUUAUUAUUAUUAUUAUUAUUAUUAUUAUUAUUAUUAUUAUUAUUAUUUUAGAAGAUAUUUACCACUUUUUUUAUUUUAGGCCUGGAAUCCCUGUUUAUAAUUUUACUUUUUACAUUUUUUGCUUGCAUGGUUUAAUUUAGAUAAUUUUUAAAAAGCUGUUUGUUGAAAAUUCCAUACACAUAUGACAAACACUACAAAAUAGAGCUUCAAACAAUAAGUUAGAUAUAGGUCCUGCAGACUGACACCUACACUGUGUGAAAUUCUCUCCUAACACACAGGGAAUCAACUUUAUUUUAAUAUGAGAUCAAUAUUAUAAUUAUUAAUGUAAGCUACACUGCCUCAUUGUCCUUAUCAUCUGCUUCCUGUUUCCGAUCGUUCAGCUGCUCUUUGACCUUUUCUCUGUUUGUAAUUUUCCCUUUUUUGCUUUUUCCCUUUGAGAAAAAAUUCCCUCUUUAAACUUGUUACUAUCAUUUUGUUUGCAGAAGAAUUUUAUACACUACAGUGACUAAUAUCUUUAAUUUCAGGAUGAAUGUCGAGGCAUCCCCAGGACCAGUUCAUCCAGUAGACUCUCUCCGAACUGGAGCUUUCUGGAUUGUGAGUCACUCCACAUCAAUAGAUUAUUUUUUUAAUAAUAUCUUUAUUGACUUUCAUUUCACGUUAUUCAGACAGUUUUGUUAUGUAAUUGUGUAUUACAAAAGCCUUUUUUUCCCCAUUCGUUUCAAACACCCCCCCCCCCCCCAAACAAACAAACACAAACAUUAAUCCCUCUCUAAAAAAAAGAAUGCACAGAACAUAACCAAGUCAUUUAUACAAUCAAUAAUUCCUUGUUUGGGAUAAAUUGUAAAGAUAUAAUAAUAUAAUACAUACAUUUUCAGUAUUUACAUCCUCUUAUUUAUUUUUUCCUUUUUUGGGAGCUAUCAACAAACCAUUAACCUUCUUUCAUUCAGUGUUUACAUCAUGUAGAAGCCCUUCAAUAUCUCCAUUCUUACUAUAGCUAUCAAAUGGUUUCCAGAUUUCCUCAUAAAGUGUCAAUUUGUUUUUCAGGGUAUAUGUUUUUCCAUUGACAUACAUCAUUAAUAGAUAUUUAAAGUGGACAAAAUUACAGUGAAGACAAACUGUAGAUCCUCCAAAAAAAAAGACAGAGGACAGAGGCAACCGGCGUCUGACUAAGACCAGGUCAUGUCCUUAAAAAAACAAAUAAAAGUCGGCCUUCCAGGGCUAGCAAUGUCUCAUCUUGACUAUGCUGAAUUCUAUCCAAAAUGAAAGGAAAAGUCUAAAACCAUUUCAUUGUGUGCAAAUUCAUCAACUUACACACAUGUCAGAGUUUACUAAACUUAUGUGCUGCAGCAAGUAAGUAAAAAGCAGCUGGUUUGAGGUUACAGAAAAUAAGUGCACAGCCUGUUACCGGAACUGAGCCACAGACAGCCCAGACUGAUCUAACACUCAUCAAUACUACGGUCUAUUACCUCCGACUGUAUCUCUUUAAGCCUUUUCUGUCAUUAUAGUUUCACAAUUUGUAUUUCCACUGUCUUGUUUGUCAAAUAUAAAGUCGCCUCAGAGAUCAAGUUUUCUUCUUAUUUACGUUAAUGUUUAUUUUCAUGUAUGUUUCUUCUCUACAGCCACGUCAGCUGACCGCUUCUAUCGCAUUGACAAAGCUCAGGUAAAAACAAUUUAAAUGUAGAGACACUUUGGUUUAUAGAUUUUAAGUUUUUAAGACUCAAAUUUCCACCAAUCAAAUGACUUCUCUUCUGUUUCUGUGCCUCUGCUCUAGGAGCACCUGCACUUUGUGACAGAAAUCUGUCAGGAGGAGGUUUUUAUCCUGGACCACGAGGCUCCAGCAGUGAGUCAGGGGUCGUCCACAGGGAUGCCUGAUCUGGUGGUGGAACCGACGUCUGGGUAAGUCAGCAUGUAUACAGGCACGCUCUUUAUUUUCUUGCGGUGUGUAUUGACUUGAGAAUUCAUGCUGAUUUAUGGUGGAAAAAAAAAACGUCAGUAGAUAGAUUUUGCGCCAUGGUUGGGCCAGAUUCGUUGUAAUGUUGCAAAGAUAUUUCAACGAAAGUUUUUUAAUGUAACAAAAUGCAGUUGGAGACCAAAAAUAUUCUAAAGCCAAUAUUUUAUCUUCUAAAUUGUCUCUCAUGAAUUUCUCAGUCUUAUUUCAUGACUGAUAAAGUUUGAGCUGGUUUAAUAGAGUAAAUAUUAAAUUAAGAGACAAGUCUUUAAAGAAAAAGAUUUUCAACUUGUGUCAUUUUUCCUUUUCAGCACUCCCUUAACAUCAGAGGAACAAGGUACAAACCACACACACACAAAAUACUCGUAUUAAGGGACUUGUGUUUUUUUUUUUGUCUGCACUCUUGACCCUUCAAAUUCUGCAUUUUCUCCAUGUAAACUCAGCACGCCCUCAUUCAAACUCUGGCCACAUUAGGAGUUUUAGUUCCUCAGAAACUUGUGUGUUGAUUCUGGAAAGUUAGAAAAGUUUAGGGAUGGUCACUCCCGCCUUGUGUACUUUGGUCUCGUGUCAGUGAGAGGUCUUUGUUGAUCCUGGGACUCUCCAACAGAGUAAACUCGUUGUUCCUCCUGCGGACAUGUCUCGACAUAUCACCACUUUGUUUACUUUCAGUUUUGCUUUAAUAUUUGACCCCUGAUUGUAAACAACACCACACCAAGUAAACACAGAGUACCGCUCACCUUUGAUACUUUGAGAGCAUUGAUACAGGUUUGUGCCAAUUUCACAGUCAGCUCUUAAAAGUAGUCAGAUUUGCCCUGCAGACACAGAGCAUGACUCAUCAAAACACUAACAUGACUGAGAGCUGUGGACCACUGACACAGGGUGUGACACAGGGUCUGAAGGGCAAAGUGCAAGUGCAUUCAGGGUGAGUGCAUGAUCGUGAAGUGCAGAGAUGGUGUUUUGCCCUGAGGUAUUCACUGUUUCUUUAUGUACAACAUAAAUGGAGACAAGGUGGUGCCAUCUAUUACUUAGAGGAGGUGCACGUGCCUUACUCAUGCCUUAGACUGGAAUCCACCAGGUUUCCUGGAAAGACAGAAGAAAGGGAGUCAGUGUCAGUGUAUGACCUCUCCUUGCAGAAGGCUUCAAUGCUUAAGAAUAAUAACAAGAAGAAGAAGAAGAAGGAGAAUACAUUUUAUUUAUAAGCGCCUUUCUGAGCACUCAAGGACACUUUACAGAGUAAGAGCAGCAACAUAAAACAGCAAGAUAAGAGCAAUAGAGAAAAUGAAAUAUAUAUAUAUAUAUACUGUAUAUAUAUGUGCUGUAUAUGUAUAAAUAAACAAAAAUAUGACAAGGUAAAUUAUAAGGAGUGUGCUAAUCUGAACAGGUGGGUUUUGAGUCUGGAUUUGAAGAGAAAGAGAGAGUCAAUUUUCAGGUGGGAGUUAUUUCCAGAGUUGGGGAGCAGAGCGGCUGAAAGCUCUGCUCCCCAUGGCUCUGAGGCGGGCAGGGGGCAUGGUAAGGUGGAUGGAGGAGGAAGAUCUGAGGGAGCGAGAGGAGGUGACCACGCUUAAGAAUGGGAUAAUGCAUAGUGAAAGGAUGGUUAUGCAAGUUACAUUUCUGACAGGGUGAGCAGGAUUCUGAGACGCCACAUUAUUGCUAUUAUUAUCUCUCUUAAGGGUUAAAUUGUUUUAUAGAGAUCAGUAACUUUUAAAAUAAACUGACCAUCUCUGUUUAGUGUCAUUAUUCCCUGAAUCAGCCUGUCAGUCUGAGGCAGAGACUAAAAUUUUGGUCGAAGUGUUCACCAAUUUAAAACGCUGACAGAGAAUAAGAGCAUUUUUGCUACAGUGUCAACAGGAGGAGGCCACAACUCCUGAAACCCUGGUCUGGCAGAUACCUCAGUGACUUUGAGUUCACUCAUUUGCAAUUUUUCAACAUGUGAACGAGAAAGGUUUGACUCCACUUUUAAUAAAAACUUUAAGGGAAUGAUCGUGACUGUGGUGACCGGACACAAAGCAGUCAGGUUGUAGAUUUAAAUGGAAGCGAAACAGAAAGUUAAAGAUUUCAAAGAGUCACUUCAGGAAGACUGUUUGUUCUUCUCGUUUCCUGUCUCCAGACAUUAUGAGUAACAUCUGGUACAGUUUAAAAAUCCUCAACACUGCACUGAGUUCAUCAUGAGUCAUUUUUUCUGAGCGUCAGAGGAGGAUCUUUAUAGAGAAAGAGGAACAGGUGUGACUACUGAAACUUCUGCUCAUGUGCUGAGAUCUCACAUGUUGCUUCUUGUUGUUUUUAUGUCCACAGCGCUGCUGAAAGCUGCCAGCACAGGAGAUCUGUCUAUGGUAAAGUUCAAUGGGUCACACAUAUCACACUCAGACAUCUCUAUGGAACACAGAUAGUGGAAAACCCAUUAUCAAAACUAGUUUAACUUGUUUGUAUUUGCGUAACUUCACUGGGUUUUCCAAAAGAAACAUGACUCAGCUAAAAGCCUUGUUAAACCAUAUCACCGUGAGCAACAGGAUCACUAAAAUGUCUAUGCUUGUUAUGAAAAUACAUCCUACGAAAGUUUUCUUCAUUCAUUUCACUUCCUACUGCAAUUCCUCCAGAGUUGGAAUAACACUUUUUUAGCUCUCUGAAUAUUUGUUUGAGUUAUUUUGACUUUGGUGACAGCCUUAAAGCUUAUUGGGAGAAAUGAGGCCUUGGUUUGUUUGGAGGGAGCGGAAGACAUAUGAAGUCUGCUCAAGAGAAAAAGAAAACACUCUGACCUGACGUGCAGAAAACCUUCCUCACAGCAGUGUUUGAUUUACAGUGUAAAAUUGUCCCGAGAAUGACCCUGAAAGUUCUGUAAACACUGACAGAGCCAGUCCUCAUGUUUGCAUCCUUCUUCACAUUUAUCAGUGUUGGCAGUUCACUCUGAAAAUGGUCUGAUUUAAAGUUCAGCUCACACAGAUGAAAACAAACUAGAUCAUGUUGAUAUGCCCUUUUUUUCUAAUUUUGAACUUAGUUUAUGAUCCAAACUACGAACAAGUUCAUGUUUAUUUCUUAGGUUGAUCUUUAAAGGGAUAUUCUGGCGUAAAAUUAAUUAGGGGGCAAACACACCUAAACAUAAAGUUAGACACCCCCUCAGAGAUGAAUGUUGCCGACCGCUUACUUCUCUAGUUAUACCAACUUUAGUAACGACCGCACGAUAGCAAUACACAGCGGUCUGAUGAACCAUAAACAAACCUCAACCAAAACGCCACUCUAUAGCCACAAAUAAUGCUCAGAACAGCACCUAACUUCAUCAACAGUACAUAUAGGGUCCUAGCCACAGCACUAGCCACCAAACAUCUUUUUAACUUUGCCUGAUUUCUUUAUCAAAGAGACUUAACACAACUCACCUACUCUCUUCCAGCAGUCGCUUGUUUGUAGCAAGAUUUGUUGGUUAGAUAUUUGGUUAAAGCUCAAAAGGACUUUUUUGACAUUUAUGAAAUAGGCUGAAACUUGUUUGCUUUAUCAUAAAAAUGCAUCUGUAUGAAUUUUAGCUAAUUUUGUAAACCUCAGAAAACUCCUCACUGGAGCUUUAACUAAGAAAGAAGGAUGGGGGUUAAGAAACAGCUCCUGAUACCUCUCAUAACCCCAUGAGAUGUUAUUAUGUCUCACUAUCACUAGAAUGAGCCCCAUUGUCCCCUUUUCCAUUCAUCAGUUCCUAAUUGAGCCAAACUUACACUAACUCUGAAUCCAGAUCUUAAGAGUUUCUUGUUUUCUCCUGUUCAAAAAUUAAAAAAAAUCUUUCACUCUUCUCUGCGUGUGUGUCUGCAGUUGUCUGAGUGUGUGCGUCGGGGCGUCAGCUUGUUGGUCAGGGACUCUGGAGGUUGUUCGGCGUUACACAAAGCAGCUCAGAAUGGACACUCAGAGCUGGUCAGCUACAUCCUGCAGCAGGGUAAGAGAGUGUGGUAGUGCUGUACAGUUACAGUUUCAUUUAACCAGCCAUCAUGACUUGAUGAUGAGUAAAUUGUUAAUGUGUAACAUCUAGAUUUAUAAAAGUCUUUGUUUCUGUUUCAGGCUCGAAGGUUCUUCUGGAUUUGACAGACAGAGAGAAGUAUGUCGGUUCCUUUUUAUUUUUAUAUUCAGGCUUAAUCGUGCAUGUUGUUUGUUGUUUGGUGAGGCCAGAUUGCAUCAAAUUUCCUGAUCUGUCAGAUGUCAUUUGCACACAUGCCCACCAAAUUUUGUUUUGAUAUAACACAGCAGGGCUUGGUGGUUACAAGAAUUUCCAUUUCAGUCGCUGUUUUGGCUUCUCAGAGUCAUGAAAACAAGAUAGGCACGAGCCCGGCCUUUAAGGGGCAGCUGUCACAAACUGUUUGAGAUAUUGAAGAUGUAUAAAAGCGACAUAUUCUUAGUCUUGGAUCAGGGAUGGUUAUCGCCACAUUAUAAAUGCCUCAGAAUUUAACGAAACCACAAAACAGCUUUCAAUUGAAUUUAAAAUGACUAAAAAUCCAAAGCAGGUAGACAUGGCUUAUAUGGAAAAUUACUGCAAGUUAGUUUUGACUGUCUGCAAGUUCACAAUUAUAGAUUUUGUGUGUGUGGAUGUGUCUUUGUGUGUAGAGGGGACACUGCGUUGCACAAAGCCGCCUCAGAGAAGCAGCACGCUGUAUGUCGACUUUUGGUGGAAGCCGGGGCGUCGCUCGAGAAGACCAACUUCCAGGUAAACUCAAGCACACCUGUCCUGCACGUCAUUCUACCCCUGAUAUUUCCCAACUGUCUUCAGAGUUUGCAAAUAAUAAAGGCAAAAAAAAAAUAAGACGAACCUCUGGACCUGGUCAGAUAAACACUUUUAUGAUCAGCAGAGAAAUUUUGUUUUCACUGCUGCUUUCAUUUUGUAAAAGUGAAACUUACACUUGAUAGUCAGGGCAUGUGGUUUUUUAAUGUUAAAUUAGAGGAAGUCCUGAACCUAAACAAGAAGUUUUAAGACAUGUCAGCAAGUUUGAAGCGGUUUGAAGAGAAUUUAAAAUUAGGUUUGCGGGAAACUGGAACAUCGUGUGUUUAAACUGAAAAUAUACCCUCAUUUUAAUCUUGAUGCCACGGGUUAUUACUUUUGUGAAAUUAUAAGUUAUAGCUGCAAUGUUUGACCGAAGUAAACACGCUUGUGUUGAGUAAAGAAGUGACUAUUUUCUGUAUAAAUGAUAAGAGACACUCAACUGUGUCAACUUGAGUAUUUUAGACAUGUAAAUCUUUAUUUCUUAAACUUUUUAGACAAGUUCAUUAUCUGUGAAACUAGCUGUUUAACAAGACUACAACUGACUGUUUACUCUUUUUUGUUUGCUUUAAAUUUUACUGUUUUGUUUGUUUCCAUUAGGGGAAAACACCAGCCGAGGAAGCAGAGGGAGACUCGGAGCUCACCACAUACCUGAGCGCCCGACAGAACGCACCUACUGCGCCGCAUGAGGACUUAGAGACGGCUGUCUGAGGCACACACACACACACACACACACACUCACACUCACGCUCAGUGUCUCUGUGGACUCUGCACACACGCUCGCAGUGGAAACAAAAACAGAGAAACAGACUCUGGUUUUUAUCUCCGGACCAGGCAGAGGAUUGAACUGCUUCAGCUCUGCAGAGGAGAUUUUAAUGGUUGACUAUUUAUUUGUAUUUAUUUAUUCAUAUUCUAUUUAUUGGUUGUGCUGAUGGACUGAUUGACCGAGUGAUUGAUUGAUUGUAGGACUAUUUAACAGUUCAGGAUGUAAGUGCACUUUGAGCAGCCGUUUGGGUGGUGAGUUCACUUGAAAAUGUGUCUUUAUUUCUGUUACAGUUCAUAUUUCACAGAAUGAGUUUGCUCAUGUUUAUAUUAUUUCUGAGGAAAAGAGUCACAGUUACAUAAAGUUUUCGUCCAGUUUUAUUUAUUUAUUCAACCCCCAAACUUUUGUGCCAAAGACAUUAAACUCACAUCUGUGUCAGAAAUUUUCCCAGAAUCCAUCACUGUUAUAAAAUGCCAAAUAAUGCUAGAUAUAAUACCAAAUUAUUAACAGUAAGGGCCUGUGUCCACUGAUGGCAUUUGUUCUUUACACUGGCAGAGUCUGUUUCCACACAGAGCCAGUGCAGUUCAGUGUUUUCGGCACUGCUGCACUUGUCAAUGUCACUUCACCAACCAAUCAAAAUCAAGAGAGGGCGGGACUUUUGAUUUCAACUUUGUCAACAACCAUGAGCGGGUCCCUACUGUAGUGAAAGUUAGGCUACGUUCACACUGCAGGUUAUGAUGCACAAUUCUGAUUUUUUGUUAAAUCCGAUCUUCUUGUGCGGUCGUUCACAUUACAACAACGAAUGCGGCAUCUAAUGAGAGUGUCUGUGAAGAGACCUGCAUGCGCACAAAGCACAAACUGCUUUCCGCGCCUGUUUGUGUUGUCGAAAAAUGGUGACGUUUGUCGCAUAUUGAUGCCGUAUAGAUGGGAUGAACGUGAUCUGAGCGUCCACACUGCAGUCACAACGAAUACAUAUCGGAUUUAUAUCCACAUACAGAAGAGGCCUGGGUCGGAUUUGAAAAAAUCUGAAUUGCACUGUUCACAACAUGAAAAAAUCUGAUAUGUGUCACAUAUGGUUGAAAAAUCGGCAUUGACCUGCAGUGUGAACAUAGCCAAAGUCUCCGGGUAAAGUAGCCUGGCUGGGCCAUCCUGUUGGGUGAAUCACUUGCUGUUCCUUCACACAACAGUCUGGACUUCGGCCAAUUGGGAGCCCUGAAAGUGGGCGGGAGUACUUUCCUUGAUAGACAGACUACUGUAACCAAUCGCCGUAACCAAACAUCUGACGUCAUCACAGUGCGCAACUUUGUUCCCUGCUGGGGUCUCAAGCAUCGAGUAAAGGUUUGGUAAUUUUUUUUUGGUAAUAUUUCAACGUGUGCGAGCAAACAAUGUCUUUUACGUCGUCUUCUGCGGAUAUAAACAAUUUCUGUCGACUUUGCAAAGUCAACUGCAUUAACCUGAAGUGUGGUGAGAUGUCUGCGUGGAAAUCUUGCAACAUUCAAAGCUGAAGAAAUUAAGUUUGUGGGCACUGCCAGUGUGAAAAAUGCUAUUAGUGGACACGGGCCCUUACACAUCAGUUAAUUAAAAUCUGCAUUACAGGGUCAAAGACAUAAAACUCUCCUAAAAGGCCUUUUUUUUUAAACAUUUAAAUACCAGAAUACUUCUGCAAACAGCAACAAGCGAUGUCCCAAAGUCAGAAAAAAUAAACAAAAUAAAAAGUUCAAGCUCUUGUGACGAGUUUUCUGUUAAUCUUGGUAUCAUCUUAAAGUCUCAUCUAGAUAUUUUUAAAACCAAUAUUUGACCCCUACAGUGAAUAUUUACAAUGGAAAGAGUGAAAAGAGGCUGUUUCUUCAGCAAGUUAUCACUCAGUCAGUCUGACACCCACCCCUUCACAGCAGCCACAAUUAUUUCUGUCUGUUUCAUACCUUUUAAAAGUCCUCACAGAAAGUUAAAAUUAACAUGUUACUGAAUGAACAACCACCCAUAUGCACAAGGAACCUCUAUGUGAGCUUUUCCCUACAAAAUACCUUGUACUCUCAUCCUUUUAGGCUUCUUCAAACCUUCUCAAACCAACAUAAACAAUAUUAGCUAGAAAAAAAACAACGUUUUUCCCUCUCAGUCGAUAUUUAUUUGUAUUUAACUGUCUCAAGCCAAAGUAUUGAUGUUCCUCUCACCAUGAUGGGGCUUAACCUUCAUCACAGACUGUCUUAUAGAGUGGAGUUGUUCAAUUUGAGAUGCAGGGUAUGGUUUAAAGAUAUAAAAAAAUAAACUUUAAGGGGCUUUAAAAUAAGUCAUUUACACCCAACUGUAUAAUUUUAGCCUGUAUGAUUAUUUUCAAUCCUUGCUAUCUUGACGCUGAAACCAUCUUAUCGCAUAACUGAAAAGACCAAGGUUAGCCCAGUAUCACUGAGAAACAGCGACAUAAACCUUGCGCGGUUGUUCUCUAACAUCCAUAAGAGCAGCCUGUCAGUUCCUCUGUCUCAACCAAACCCUGUUCAAAAUAACACCGUUUUAACGCAGAAUUACUAAAGAGGUCAUUCUCAAACUGCUGACUCCUCAUUAACUCAUUCUCUGGUACUUGUAUCUGGACCCAACAAAGCUUUUAACAUGCAGUGUAUGUGUAUGCUUUUGUAUAUGUGUGUUAUAAUGUGGCCCAUUCCAUAUCAAACCUUCUAUGAGAGGUGAGUGGAGCUCCCCUGGUGUUAUAACAGUGUGUGCGUGCAUUUGUGUGAGUGAGUGUGUGUGUGUGUUUGCAGCAUCUAUCCAAGAAGAAGAGAAGAAUCUGAGCCAUAUUCAAUGCAAUAUGAGUGGUCGACAUCUUUGCAUUUCUCUGUCAUCGUUUACAUUACAUUAAUGUUUCUAACGUAGUCGUCCGUUGGGCACCGAGGAGAAUCGAAUGUGCAAUGUAACUCCAGUGCAGGUUGGGUUCACGAUUGUCUGUUUUAUUUUCUUUUGUGUGCAUGUUUGUCGAUGCUUUGAAACAACCCUGUGAGGUGUCUUUUUGAUAUAACCUGUAAACUCAAUUUAAAUUAAGCGCAGGAGCGGCUUCCUUGGCGUGUUUUCACUGAGACUUUGGGAGAUUUUAGAGACUCAAACGAGACUUAAAAGAAGUUAAUGCACAACAUGAAGUUCAGUUUCCAGCUUCUUUAAAGAUCACAGUAUUACUCAGUUUGCCUUUUUUAUGUUUAUUUGCUUGCAUUUUAGAUUUACAUGAAAACUUUGGUGAUUUCUUCUAUUUAAACUUAUGCAAACCUGUUUUGUUCAUAUUUUUUUUCUUUUUGUAGUCAAAUCAAACAAUCCAAACACCGAUUAAAAGAGUUUGUUGCAUCGAAACAUAUUCCACAAAGGGAUUCACACUCCUUUUUUAUUUCAUUAACUUUUGAAGCAUCUGUAAAAAUAACCACAAGCAACAGCAGAAUUUUACCAACAGACAUGUUUUAGAGUCUGAAGAUGUCAUGCAGCUUUUUAUCGGUGAGACUCUGUGGAAACACAACCAGUGAGAACGUGGUGUCUUCUCUGCUCGGGACCACUCAUGUCAAAUUAAGUCUCUUUUGAAGAUACGGCUAUUUUCCCCUGAGAAGGAAUUUUAAAAUUUAAACAUUAGAAGCUAAAAUUUGAUUUUUGUUAAAGUCACUGUAAGGAGUUUUCAUGUUGUUUUGAUUUGAGCAACCUCAUUGGACGAAAUAAGAACAAGACUGCCGAUAAAGUGAUGAGGUGGCAGAGGCAGAGAAACAACAGCGACAGCAGAGUAGAGUGAAAAUAUUUUAACAUCAGUGUAAAACUCCUCACAGUGUCUUUUACGAAAUCAAACUUUUGCAAUGUGAAAGGUUGCAAAAGCUAAAUCAGUCCCUCAUUAGUGUGGACUAGUGUGAGCUCCACUGAUAUUGUUCAUGAUGGUGAAGUUAAAUGACAAUAUGUAAUUUAAUAAUCAAAUAACUUUUGUUUAAGCUGUUAAAAGUCAUGUUUUUAAAGCCAGGAAUUUCCCUGAGAACUGAAAAUCUUUUACAGCACGUACUCUUCCUGUACUGGAUCCUGGGGACAUUAUCUAACCUCCUAAAAAGUCCCAACUGGAGGGGAUUGUACCAAACAGAUUAGAAGGAAGUUGGCUUUUCGAUUUGGGUGUGUUUUAUUCAUUUCUCUAAUUCCAUAAAAAAUAACUUGUAAAAGGAAUGUAUCAAUAUUAGUUUGUUUCAAAUGAAAUAAUUUGGUAAAAUGUAAAUUUUAGAGACAUUUUUCAGCCAAUCAGUUUUCCCAAGAGUGUUUUUUUCUUAGUGCACAGAAGAAAACUGUGGGAACAAGUUGUUAUCUUGUACGCACAAUAAAAAAAAACUCAUGGAAACAAGCCGUCUUGUUUUUAGUUGUGUGCACAUGAUUAUUACUUUGUGGGAACAAGUUAUUUAUCUUGUUUACACGAUGGAAACAAGCUAUCCUUACACAAAAACAGUGAAGUCACUUGUGUGCACAAGCUAAUAUUUUGUUUGCCUAACAUAAAAUAGUUGUACUUUUUGGGAUUUAAGGGGCUGCUUCAUUUUUAUUUGAUUAUUAUGAUGUAUUUUUAUUGUUUUGGGAUGACUGUCUGAAACUGUGAAAAGUGUCGAUCCGGGGCUUUGAAAUAUAAAAUUUGAUGAAUGAUGUUUGAGGUUGGACUUUUUUAUUCAUUUUGUUGUAAAACUCAAACCACACUUGUCCUCAUUUUUAAUAAUAAGGGAUGUUUUGCUGGAUUCUGUCUUACAUUUAUCUCCAUUUUAAUCCUCUCAGAUCUGAUUUCUCGGUCACUCUAUUUCUUUUUCUGGUAAAAAUGUCUUCUCUUUCCCACAAAUGUUCUGUUUCAGGACUUCUACGGGGGGAAUCAAACACUGAGACCUUCCUCUGAGUGUGUGGAAACUAACAGUGUAGAAACUCUGUGAUGAUAUUUUCUAUAAGGUGACUGUGGUGAUCAGCUCGGCCCACUCUGAUCCACACGCUCACAGUUCUUAUCACUCUUUCUAACGAGUAGAAACUUUGCAUCAGACUGUGUUUCUCUCAGCGUCGGUUCUGCAUGACAGUACCUGUGUAUGUUUAUCUUUCUUUUGUUUUAGUAUUUCUUAUUUUUCUGCUGAUGAUGAUGAUAAUGUGGAUGAUGAUGAUGAUGAUAAUGAUAAGGAUGAUGAUGAUGGGAUUACUUGAAGUUUGUUGUUUUAUUAUAUUAAUUUGUUAAAAGAAGAUGUGAUGCAGUAGUA